CCCGGGGGCGCGGCCGCCCAGGCUUCCGUGUGCCCCAGGGGGGCUCCGGGCCGCGAGCCUCUGCCGAAUGGCUUUUGACAAAAAAUCCUUGACCACCAAGGCCAGCCUCUUCCUGAAAGCCCUGCUCGCUCCGAUACAGGAAGUAGAAGGGAGCGAGCGCCCUAGAGCGCGGCGGCUGCGGCCCGGGCCCUUCCCGAGGGCCAGCGCCACGAACAUGCGGGCGCCCGGGACUCCGCGUUCCGCACCGCCAGGCGCCUGAGCUCCUCCGUUCCCCGUCCCGGAGCUGCCGGCGGCAUGAUGCGACGCGCCGGGGCGCCCGCGCGCGGGGACCCCACCGGUCCCAUUCCAGUUGUUGGCAAAGGAGAGGAAGAGGAUGAGGAAGAUGGCAUGGGGCUUUGUCUGCCGGCCACCCUGAAGAACUGCCUUCCUCACCGCCGGGGCAUCAGCAUCCUGGAGAAGCUCAUCAAAACAUGCCCCGUGUGGCUGCAGCUGAGUCUGGGCCAGGCAGAGGUGGCCAGGAUCCUGCACCGGGAGGCGGCCGGGGUGAGUGGGGGCGCCUCCCACUUGGUAGCACACACACCGUGAGGGACUCAGGCGUGCUCCACACCUGCCCUGACUCCCACGUGGAAGCCGCUACCAUGCAGACAGCUACCUAUGUGUUUCCCUCUCCUACAUGUGUCAGUUUUUUGGCCACUAUAUUUUUCCAGAAUGCAGGCAUGGGAGGCUGCUGGGGGGCCUGCUUUCUGCUCUGGGGAGCAGGUGUUCAUGGCUGGAGAGGAGGGAGUGGGUGGCUUACAGGCUCUCUGGGCAUUUGGGCACCUGAGAGGCAGGACUGAUGCGGUCAGGAAGACCAUGCUGGCCUGCUGUGACUUCGAGAGCUCGGCCAGGCAUCCAGCAUCUAGAGAGUGUCAAUCAGAGCCAGGGUAAAAAUGGCUUUGUGCUCCGUGUUUCACAUAUGCAAAUAAGGGCUGCGUGAUGGAGUCAAAAGAUGAUUUAGAGGUCAUGGUCUGUGAGUGGAGAUGUGGCUUAAAUUUUCUAAGCCUGACUUUUGUUGCUUUGAAAUAGAGGCAUUCACACCGCCUCCAAGGCUCUUGUUCCUAUUGCAUGGAAAGAUAGAUGAUGGGUGGGUGGAUGGAUGGAUGGAUGGAUGGAUGGAUGGACGGACGAACAGACGGACGGACAGAUGGACAGACAGAUGGAUGGAUGUAUGAACAGACAGACAGACAACAGCUAAGCAGGUGAUAGAUGAUGAAAUAUGAGUCAGAGCUCAUCAUAUGUUCCUUUCACCGCCCACAC